CACGAAAAUAAUCAUUACUUUUCAACUACUACCCUUUGAGCCUGAGUCAUUCCAGUGUCUUCCCAAGGGAAGCUGUUCACAACAUCGCCAACAUGGCGCUGUGUGAACUUUUUGCAUUUUCCAUAAGCACCAAUUACCAAUUGGCUCUCGGAGUAGCUGGCACUGUGGUUAUAUGCCAUCUAAUAUACACCGUGAGUUUGCUCUUCUCUCCAAGCUCAAAACUCAUUCCCUCAGCUCACAACCUCAACCGACAUCCCCUACAUCAAAGGGAUCCCUGAGAUUCCCGGGGCUCUCCCCAUAUUCGGUCAUCUUCUCGCCCUAGGUGACGAUCACGCAACAGCCUGUGAAUCAUGGUGGCGCAAAUACCAAACCUCCGUUUUCCAAAUCCGUCUAGGAAACACCCGUGCCGUCGUAGUAAACUCCUUUUCCGACGCAAAAAGGAUGUUGACAGGAUCAAACUCUCAAUCAGCACUCAUCUCCCGACCGACAUUAUACACCUUCCAUGGAGUAAUCAGCAGUACCCAAGGCUUCACCAUAGGCUCCUCACCCUGGGACGAAAGUUGUAAGAAUAAGAGGAAAGCAGCUGGUGCUGCACUGGGUCGUGCAAGGAUCAAAGAUUAUCAUGAUAUGUUUGAUCUAGAAUCUUACGCGGUUCUACGAGAUUUGGAAAGGGAUGGGAAAGGAGGGGGGGAGAUUAGUGUUAGGAAGUAUAUUCAGAGAUAUGCUUUGAAUACUACUUUGACGCUAUGUUAUGGGAUUCGCAUGGAUAGCGUGUAUGAUGAGAUGUUGCGGGAGAUUUUAGAAGUCGGGAGUGCGAUUUCUUUGCUCAGGAGUGCGAGUGAGAAUUUUCAGGAUUAUAUUCCUGUUUUGAGGUAUUGUGAGUUAGUCCAGCACGUUUCCCAAUUAUUUCCCUUCCUUCCUGGGUCAAUCAUUCGAACAAGCACUUCACCACAGAUCAGAAUGUCUAACAAAAUCAAGUCCCUAACAACGAAAAGAAUCGUCGGGGGAAAGACCUGCGCGAUAGGCGAGACGCCUAUCUAACCACCCUGCUGAACCAAGUUCGUUCCAUGAUUGCAAAAGGCACAGAUAAACCUUGCAUCGCAUCUGCAAUCCUCAAGGAUCUAACUACGAAACUUACAAAUGUGGAAGUAUCCUCCAUCUGUCUCUCGCUUGUAUCUGGCGGGUUCGAAACAAUCCCGGGGAAUCUAACAUCUUGCAUCGGUUCCCUUUCCACUCUGCAGGGUCAAGUCUUCCAAGAGAAGGCGUUCAGCGAGAUUAUGAGAGUUUAUAAGGAAGACCGAAGGGCGGCAUGGCAAGCAAGUUUCCAGGAGGAGAAGGUGGAGUAUCUGAGUGCUAUUGUCAAGGAGGCUUUACGGUAUUAUACCGUCUCCGCAAUGAGUUUGCCAAGAAAGACGGUUGAGGAUAUAGAUUGGGAGGGAGCGAAGAUCCCGAGGGGGACGAUGGUAUUGAUCAAUGCUCAGGCUGCCAAUCAUGGUUUGUCAUUUUCUUCACUUCCUACUGAUGCCUCGUCCUGUUCUCCCUUCUGAAACUCAAACUAAUGCAACCAAGAUAUCGACCACUUCGGUCCCACAGCCUCACAAUUCAACCCAGACCGUUGGCUCUCCCCCAACUCCAUAUCAGAACCAAAACCCACACCAGGAAUCCAACACUUCUCCUUCGGCGCCGGCUCCCGCGCGUGCAGCGGUCAAAUCAUAGCCAGCCGUCUCCUCUACACCACUCUCCUCCGCCUUAUGACGACCUACCGAAUCGUAGCUUCGGAAUCCCAUCCCCCAAAUACUGAUUAUGUGGAUUAUAACCAGUUUAAGAGCGCACUUGUCGCUAUCCCGCGUGAGUUUAAGGUGAGGCUUGUUCCGAGAGAUGGGGAUGUGGGGAUUGAGGGGAGUUUGGAAGAUUGCUUGGAGGAGGCUAGGGGGAGGACGGAGGGGUAUUAUAAGGAGGAUUUGGGGGUGAGUGUUGGUGGUUAA